GUAUGGGUAAUCCUUCUCAUCAUAUGGAUGGUUAGCUCUGCUAUUGUGGAAUCAGCUCGUAUUGGUAGCAUUCAUAAUAUUUCGUCACUGGUGUUUGCCGAAAUGGAAGCAGUACUCACUGUUAUUCUCGCAUCCGCUUGGAGUUUCAUAGCCAGGCAAACAGUGUAUGCCAGUUUUUUUGAAACUAUGGAGGAUGCACCAUCAACUGGCCACUGGAUCAGAUUAUUGAUGUGCCAGUAUCAUACUAGUCUGGCUUUGUAUGCAAUGAGAAUGAUGACAUACUUUGUGUAUGAUACAUCCCUUGUAGCACAGUCUAUUUCACGGCUUCAAAGUUCAAACACUAAUAUUGAUGUGGAAGAGAGUGUGAAAGAAUGGCACAGUAUCAUCCUGGUAUUCACAUGCGCAUUCAGAGGCAGCCUUGCACGGUUCUUCUAUUCUAAACUUUAUCAAGGUGUUAUGCUCCCAAAGGUUUGUGACAAUGUACCUGUAGUUAUAGGCAAUAGAGAGAUAGGAGUGAGAGAUCUACAGGGAGGUCGGCAACAUGUUGUGCCCUGGCUUACUCAAGGUGAAGAAGACCGCCUGCUCGCUAGUAGUUCACAUAGUGGAUUUGAUCAAACAAAAGUCAAUUCAGAUGAUAUGAAUAAGGCGGCACUGCAGACAAAGGAACUUGAUGAUAUUGUCAUAGUUACGAACUAUGGCACUAUAAGAUAAUUGAAUAAAUGAAUGUAUAAGGUUGUACAAGUGAAGAAGAGAAUGGGUGCAAUAUAAUCACACAGAGCUAGUCAUGUCACUUUUGACCAAUCAAAACAUUGUAUCAACAUGCAUUAUCUACUAUGCAUGGUUCUCAAUAUAAGAUAUAUUCUUUCCCAACAUACAGGAAAUGAAGAUCCAGGAAACUAAAGCUUGAAUUUCAUGAACAAAGAAUUGUUAUUCUUCUCCAACUGCGUCCAUAUUGCAGCAGUGCCAUUAGAAAACAAGCCCAGAUAGAACAUCCUGCUUUAUUCAGUCCAUAACCAUUCUGUUUAAGAAGACAACAUGUCAACAUAUGUGCAAGCUUCAUUGAGACAAUCAGGAUUGAUCUUAUGAGUAAACUACAACAACAGGAUGCAAACUCGAUCUUUGCAAGUAUUUGAUUACCACAGAUGUUGUGAAAAUCCUACAAGUCAUCAAGAUCGUCAUAAAAUGAAAAUUUCUAGCUCUUCAAAGAAUGCAUUGUGACAACCACUUCAUAGGAAAUAUUACAAAGAGUCUGGAGAGACUAUCCGUGAUAUUUUGAAUACAUCUUUCACAAAACAUCCUUUUCUUUUCAUUUUUUAUUCAUCAACCUAAAUUAGUUUUAUGCAUGAUCAUUGCUGCCUCAAAUCAACCACUUGAAUAGCACAAGUUAUAUGUUUAAGUUUUGGAAUGGAUGUUUUAGGCAUGAAAUAAUAUUUUCAUUGCGUUCUAUAUUUUCUCUGGAAAUACAGAUUCUUAAAACCUUUACAGAUGCUUUUGAUGUAACCUUAUGUCACCCUUGUUUCAUUUAGACAUAAUUAUUUCAGUAAUGUUUGUUCAGAUGGGUUUAUUCCAAAACAAAAUUGAUAUUUUUAGCUCCAUAUUGAAUUCAAGCAAUCAGAAAAUGAACAUCACAGUAAAUUGUAUAAUUCCUGAAUUUCUAGCUCACCAAAUGAGCCUGGUUUUCAAUCAUUUGAACUUAAUUUGGUACUUAUUCAGUUGCCAGAAAAAUAUCAUAUUAUCCAAUAGAAUUGAAUAAAUUCC